AGAUGUCUAUGGAAGAAGGUGGAAAACAGACUCGGAGUGAGGCCGCCAUCUUGGCUCUAUUGGAGCAGCUCGGACAGAGCGGGACAGCGGACGGAGAGAAGCCCGGCGGGGAGACACCAGACUCGGACACUUCUGUGUGAGCAGUCCGGGAGAGUUUACACGGCGGAUCCACGUCCACAGCUGUGCGGGAAUCUGUGCGGUUCUGUCUGCGGUUUGUGGUUUUCUCCCUCAGGAAACCCGCAGGACUGCUAAGCUAACGGCUAACGGCUAACCGGACCAGCCUGCGGUUCGGUACCCGAGCUGGAGUGGUCUGUGGCCGGUCCAAAGUCAGGGCCCGCUCGGUACUGUUCAGGCGGACUGUGGAGGACUCUGAUCCGGACUCUGAUCUGUCAUGGUGGAACUUUUCGGGUCGGUGAUCCGGAUCUGCAGGUCUGGAUCUGUGUAAUCCCGCUCUCUGGUUCUUAAUCCGGGUUCAUGGAUCAGGGGGGCCCUGUUCCUGCCUUAGAAACCCACAAGGUUCUUUGAAAGACCCGGUUCACCCACAGUCCGGACUGUCAGCUGGUCCUGUCACGGACUCCUGGAGCAUUGGACCCGAACCCGACCCCUCAGACCCGGGAGGAACCCAGACCACCAGGGGCCCCUGUUAGACAGGCCGGGGUCUGGACCGGAACAUGGUCCACGGAGCUCGGCUGGUUUAAAGGGACCAGAAUCCGAACCGUCUGUGAGGGGGGACUAAUCCUGAAACCAAAGACCCGAACCCGGACCUGGACCCGGACCCACCAUGGGGUCAGCCCUCAAAGCGGUCUUCAGUCUGAUCCUGAUCUCCUGCUGCUCAGGUGGGUCCACCUGCAGAACCGGAACACACACACUGUACACAGACACACACACUGUACACACACUGUACACACACACACACACACAAACACACACACACACUGUACACAGAAAAACACACGCACACACACACACACACUGUACACACUCACACACACUGAGGACACACAGAGGCAUGAGUACUACAGCAGUACUUCUGUAGUUCUCCUGUAUUACUUCUGUAGUACUUCUGUAGUACUGUAGUAUUAGUAUGAGGCUGACAUGACAGUGAAGUAUGAAGUCUGUAAACACUGAUGGAGUCAGAGAGGGUCCUCUGAGGACAGGUGGGGGAGAGAGGAGAGGAGGGAGGAGAGAGGAGAGGAGGGAGGAGGGAGGAGAGAGGAGAGGAGGGAGGAGAGAGGAGGGAGGACAGGUGGAGAGAGAGAGAGGAGAGCCUGAACUCAGGUUGGUCCUGUGUGUACAGUGUGUUUAGUUUGUGUAGAUUUUGUAGUUUGUGUGGUUCGUGUAGUGUGUCUAGUGUGUGUUGUUCUCUGUAGUUUGUGUAGUGUGUGUAGUUAGUUAAGUGUGUGUUAUGUGUAGUUUUGUGUUGUUUUCUGUGGUUUGUGUAGUUUGUGUCGUGUGUAGUUAGUGUAUAGUGUGUUAUGUGUUGUUUUGUGUAGUUUGUGUGUUUUGUGUAGUUUGUGUUGGUAGACUCUGAAGGUUCCUGGUCCUGUCUCUGGUUCCUCGUCUGUAACGAGGACGAUCAGGAACUUUGAUCAGUGUCUCUUUAAUUAAAGGGGGGGGGUUACCAUAGAAACAGUUCCUGUCUAUGAACGCUGGAAAAGAAGGAAGUGAUGUCAUCAUGAUGGUCUUCUGGUCAUGUGACCUGAUGAUGUUCUGAUCAAUAAUAAGUGAGACGUCUUCAUCUGCACAUGCUCAGAGGAGAACCCUCUUUAAGUCUUUAGGACCUGCAGGUCCAGGUCUGACAGGGUCUCUGAGAACUUCAGGGGUUUCAGGAAGAUUCUGGUUCUGGAACAUCUGUGAUCCACAUUAGUGCCAGGAGAGGAGGUUUGUGUGUGUGUGUGUGUGUGUGUGUGUGUGUGUGUGUGUGUGUGUGUGUGUGUGUAUGUGUGUGUGUGUGUGUGUGUGUGUGUGUGUGUGUGUGUGUGUGUGUAUGUGUCCGUCCUCUCAGGUGUGUGUGUGUGUGUUGUUGUCCUCUCAGUUGUGUGUCUGUGUUGUUGUCCUCUCAGUUGUGUGUCUGUGUUGUUGUCCUCUCAGUUGUGUGUCUGUGUUGUUGUCCUCUCAGUUGUGUGUCUGUGUUGUUGUCCUCUCAGUUGUGUGUCUGUGUUGUUGUCCUCUCAGGUGUGUGUCUGUGUUGUUGUUGUCUUCUCAGUUGUGUGUCUGUGUUGUUGUCCUCUCAGUUGUGUGUCUGUGUUGUUGUCCUCUCAGGUGUGUUGUGUGUCUGUGUACUCGUUGACCUGUUGUCGUGUCUCUUCCUCAGGUGCGAUCCUCGGCCGCUCAGACACUCAGAAGUGUGUCCACUUUAACUACAGUCCUUCACCCCCCCCCUCCUCAUCAGGGUCAGCGGCGGACCCUCAGGGGAACCUGAGUAAGGUGGUCACCUGUCCAGGAGAGAAGGAUAAGAGACUGCACUGCUUUGCCACCUGGAAGAACGUGUCAGGUGUGA